AUGUCGAGUAGACCUUGUUGUUGCUAUAAUUCAAUUCUUAAUUCAUGCGUUGUGGGGGGGGGGGGGGGGGGAUUUAUGUCACUACAAAUAGAAACUAAAGCAAAGGUUGGGUUCAAAGCUGGUGUUAAAGAUUAUAAAUUGACUUAUUAUACUCCUAACUAUCAAACCAAAGAUACUGAUAUCUUGGCAGCAUUCCGAGUAACUCCUCAACCUGGAGUUCCGCCUGAAGAAGCAGGUGCAGCGGUAGCUGCAGAAUCUUCCAUUGGUACAUGGACAACUGUGUGGACCGAUGGACUUACCAGCCUUGAUCGUUAUAAAGGAUGCUGCUACGAGAUCGAGCCUGUUCCUGGAGAAGAUAAUCAACUUAUUGCUUAUGUAGCUUAUCCCUUAGACCUUUUUGAAGAAGGUUCUGUUACUAACAUGUGUACCUCCAUUGUAGGUAAUGUAUUUGGGUUCAAGGCCUUGCGCGCUCUACAUCUGGAAUAUUUGCGAAUCCCUAAUGCUUAUGUUAAAACUUUCCAAGGUCCUCCUCACGGAAUCCAAGUUGAGAGAGAUAAAUUGAACAAGUAUGGACGUCCCUGUUGCACCCUAAAAUUUGCUCAACCUAAUUCACUUGGUUUAUGUUUCAAUAUCAUUAGCAUUUGCAUAUAG